GGCGCAGGGGUUGCGGCCGGUGGUGGGUGUAGCGUGCGCUGCCUCAGCUGAGCGCCCUGAGGGCUCGUCCCGGGAACUGCCGGCAGAAUGAGUCUGCAGAUUUUAAAUGCAGAAAAUGCAGAAAAUGGAGGAAGCAUUAAGGAUGAUUUAACAGCGGAAGACUGUGGCUUUUUCUUUGCGCCGCCGGAACCUACGGGGAGACCUUCUAUUCUUCGCCUGUCCCAGAAAGAAAACUUGCCACCAAAAAGUGUGGGAAAAGUGAUGAAGGUAACCUUUCAAACUCCUCAAAGAGAUCCUCACACUCGAAAAAUCCUGAGUCCUACUAUGACAGAUAAACUUCAGACUGCUUUUGCACUUGACGAUUGCCGUGAAGAUGUGGCAGAUGAUGUUUUAGUUGCACUCUCUUAUGCUGACACAUGUCAACAAAAGACUGAAGCUGAAACAAACAAUACGCAAAUGCCAGAGAAGGUCAGCGUGGCUCCUUAUGCAGAUGAUGAGAUGCCAGUGAGGAGUCGAGGUUCCUACAGUCUUGAUUUUGAUAACUUAAAUGACAUCAAUCCUUUUCAAAGUUCAGUACAGUUGCCUCAUUCUCCUGGAAAUCUGCAAAAGUCUCCUGUAAAAGUGUCCAGCAGCCCUGAGAAAACUAUUGAAAAAAGUAAUGAUUCUCUUCUGCAGGACGAUGCAGUUCCUUUUGCUUCAACCACAGCAACUACAGAUUGUUUAGGUGAAGACAAUGCUCUCAUCUCUGAAAAAGAAUCUGCACUGAGUGAGCUGGAGUCUAGCAAAUCCAAGCUGUCCCCUAAGCAAACAACUGGUGACUCUGCGCAGGGUGUGAAGUCUGCUUCCACAGAUGCAAGCCAAACUGAUAAUUCAGUGGUAUUAGCAGAGGCACCUACACCUCCUGUACAGUCACCUGGCCACUUAGGUCCCAGCAGUUCUGAUGCAAGUAACUCUCUUAAAACUAGAGAAUCAAAGCUUCAGAAUGUUUCAGCAGCAGAAAAAGCCUCUGCACGAGAGUCAAAGCCUGAUGAAGAGCUGGGUGUCUCCAAAGGGAAACCUGCAGAAAAGCCUGAUGUCACCAAGCCUGGACCAGUAAAACUGGAAUUUGACUUUGAUAAUACCACUGCUAGAAAACCACCUCCUAAGAAACUAGGUAAAAGACCUGGAAUUAAGCCACCUUCCAAAAAAAUUCCUAUUACCAAAACAAAACCAGAGAAUACUGAAGUGCAAAAUAAAAGUAAUGUGGAAGAUGAAAUCCUUCUUCCUAAAGCAUCUUAUAAGUUUGACUGGGACAAACUUGAUGAUCCAAACUUUAAUCCAUUUGGAGGAGGCUCUAAAAUUUCUACCUCACCGAAGUGUUCUAAACCCAGCUCUCAGAAAGUUCACCUGCCAGAAGAACAGGAGAGUACCUCACCAAGAAGGGAACCUCUUCCAGUGGAGCAGGAUGACAGGCCAAGUACCUGUGAAACUCUUGAGAAAGAAGAACCCAAAAAUCUGGAAAUUGUUGAGCAGAAUGUGGUAGAAGACAUGCCAAAAACUGAAGAAGAGAAGCCAGGAGUUCAAGUGGAAGCUGAACUUCCAGGAAAAGGAGAAGUGGAGAAGCAAAUGAGCCCAUCUAAAACGUCUCCAGCUAAUGUUGCCCCCUCUCAAGAUAAUUUGGUUUCUACUGACAGUAGAAAAAAGUCAAUGGCUGCAGAAGAAAUUAAACCUAGUUCCCCCAGAAUUGAAGUAACAGCGGAUGAGACAGCUAAUGCUGAACCUGAAGAGCUCUUCAGACCAUCAUCAGAAGUUUUUGGAAUGGGCAUAGACUAUCUGGAACAGUUUGGGUCUUCAUCAUUCAAAGAAUCAGCCUUGAGAAAACAGUCACUGUAUUUGAAGUUUGACCCUCUGUUGAGAGACAGUCCAAGAAAGCCAGUUUGUGGUACUUUUGAAUCAAAUGAGAGCAUCAUGACAGCUCCAUCUCAGCCUGGUCCUGUUGCUGAUUUAAGUAACUUGUGUGAGGAAGCUGGAAAGCCUCUAGUGAGUCUUCAGAGUGAAGAAAAACCAAAAGGAUUAGAUCUUCUGGGAACAUUUACAACUUCUGUAAGGGAUGCUGCUCCCCUAAUUCCAGACUCACUGAGUAGUGAUGUUCCUCCAGUCCCUUUUGCCACUUCUGCAAACACUGCAGUGGAUGCUAUUAUAGAUGUGCUAAAAUAUAGCCAAAAAGACAUGGAUGCAGCUGUUGAACUGGUCAAGAGAGAGGUAUGACUGGAUGACUUCAACUGUGUCACUGAAAUAAAAA